CGAAGAGCACUACUCAUUUAUAUUUGCACGCUUUCGCAUAUAAGUCUAUUAAAAUUUACUCGAGUGCGUAAUUAGAUUAUCAACCGAAAACUAAAACCAUAAAUUUUCCAAAAUUAACAGAAUAUUCUCUUUCUUUAGUUAUGGAAAAUCGCGGCAGAUCAGAGGCAAAACUCAACCAAGCGGUGACAAAAUAUUUACAAAGAUACGGCUGCCUGGAUAGCAUUAACAAUCGAAACUGGAGCAUCAAACAGUCUCCCCUAGGAGGCUUCGGCGUAUUCGCAACGCGUACCAUCGAAGCAGGAGAAAUCAUUUUCACCGAUCACCCUGUAAUAUUGGGCCCCAGAUGCUUGUCUUCCUUACCAGUCCAAUGCACCGUUUGUUACCGCAGCAAAACCCCCACCGUGUCCAAAUGCCCGAACAAAUGCGGCCUGCACGUCUGCGAAGAGUGCUCCAAAUCGCAGACUCACGCCUCGGAAUGCGCCCUGCUGGGGCGAUUGAGCGCCGGCAGGGACAUGUCGGAGCACAACGAGCGCCUGACGAGGAGCCUCACGCCCCUGCGGGGGCUCCUGCUCGACGCCGACGAUCUCGACGUGGUGGGCUGCUUGGUGACCACGCACGCGGGCCCCCGGCCCGGCGGCGAAGCCCUAACGCUGGUGGAAGAAUUGCGCUUGGGAUUCACCGAUGAGGAGUACCGGCUGGUGUGUUUCGUUUGCGGGGCCUUCGACGCAAACGCCUUCGAGGUGCUCACUAACGAGGACGAGGCGCGGAGUACUAUCAGAGGCCUCUAUCCUCUGGGCAGUUUGGCGAAUCACCGGUGUUUUCCGAACGCUUUCCACGUGUUCGACGGCAACUACCGAAUGAUAACCAGAGCUUCGGUGGAAAUACCCGAAAGUGCCGAGAUAUUCCACUCCUACACCAGGUUGUUGUGGGGCACGGUAACGAGGAUCCACCACUUGCGAAACUCCAAGCGUUUCCUAUGCAAAUGUGAACGAUGUAAGGACCCCACGGAGUUCGGGACUUGCUUGAGCGCCUUAAACUGCAACAGAUGCCCGGGGAAAGUUCUCCCGGUGGAUCCCGCGAGAAGCUCAUCGAGCUGGCGAUGCGACACUUGCAGUGCAAUUCGAGACCUUGGAGACAUCUCUAAGACAUUGUCUUUGAUCGGGGCCGUCAUCAAAGGCUUCGCCGGCGACGAUUUCGAUAUCAUCUAUCGAUUUUUAACGACGAAAUUGACGACGCUGGUGCCCGAUUGCAACCAAGUAGCGGUGGAGCUCAAGUACAACAUUAAUUGGAUACUGGGGUACAAAUCGGGGUAUCUACUGAAUGAAAUACCGUUGGAUCUACUGUUAAUUAAGAAGCAGUAUUGCGAUGAUAUAUUGAAAUUGGUGGAUCAGUUGCGAUUGGGAAAAUGCAGGAUCAAGGGGCUUCUGUGCUAUGAGGUUUAUUUGUGCAAUGAGGAAUUGAAACGACGUCGAAUUGCUAAUGGAAAUAAUGAUGAGAUUGUUGACGAUAAUGAAGCGAAUAUAAAAUUAGAAGAAGCUGCCGAUAUUCUAAAGUACGAUUUCAGCGCUCCCCCGCUAUUAAAACAAAGAUUCAAUCAUAAAUAACCCUUGCACAUGUCAGUAGAUAGAUACAAAGCCGGUUCUACACCAUUUCCAGUUGUAUUUCGGAAGCUAUCAAAUUAAUUUCAGAAUCAAUCAAAUGCAUUUCAGACUAGUCAGAUUAAUUUUAGAAAGUGUUAAAUGUAUUUCAGAAUAAUCAAAUGUACUUCAGACUAGUCAAACGUAUUUCAGAUA